AUGAGUGAUAGUGAUAAUGACUCCAGGGACUUUUCCUCUGAUGAAGAAGAGACAUCUCUAUUAUUAAACAAAAAGAAUAAUGUAAGGGACGUUUUUGACAAUGAAGAUUCUGACAUUGAAGAAGAUGAGCAUCUCCAUGAUAAUAACAAAAAUCAAAGCGCCUCUGCAAACGAAGAAUCAAAUACUGAACAAAGUGCCAGUGAGGAGAACCAGGACAAAGAUGGUGAAACGAAGUCCAAUGAGCAAGAUAUAGCAAAGCUUAAAACUGAAAAGUUAAAAAGAUUAAAGAAACUGAAAGCCGCCAAGAAGACAAAACACAAAACUGGGGUAAUAUACCUUUCCAAAAUUCCUCCCUACAUGAAACCUGCAAAGCUGAGACAAGUUCUUUCCCGGUUUGGAGAGGUUGAUAGACUCUUCCUUAAAAGAGAAGACGAUACCUCUCAUAAGCAGCGUGUAAAGAGCGGUGGUAAUAAAAAAGUCAUGUUCAAAGAAGGCUGGGCAGAGUUCAUACGCAAGAAAGAUGCAAAGUUAUGUGCUGCAACACUAAACGGUAAUAUCCUAGGAGGUAAGAAAGGCAAUUUUUAUCACGAUGAUAUCAUAAAUAUGAAAUACCUACCUGGUUUCAAAUGGUCCGACCUAACUGAACAAAUUGCAAGAGAAAAUGAUAUUAGACAGGCCAAAUUACAGCUUGAUAUAUCACAGGCCAACAAGUAUAAUGCGGAAGUCAUUAAGAACUUUGAAAAGAGUAAGAUGAUUGAAAACAUUAAAUCGAAGAAGAGAUCAGAACAACAAGAGCAGGAUGAUGUUGAAGUUCGGAGAACAUUUAAACAGAGGCGAGUUGCUACUAAUAGAGCAGCUGCUCCAGAAGCUCAAAAAGAACAGUCAUCAAACAAAUUGGAUAAUGUUCUACAUAGUUUGUUUUAA